UAUUCACUACGGAUCUUGCUAACAAUGAACAGUCUACCUGCUGCUCUGCCAUACAUGCUUUUAUAAAUCUGCCCCUAAAAUUAAAGCAAGUCCCAAAUUUGAUAAUAUAAAAUAAUCCAGGAAUGUAUUAAUAACUCUUUUUAGGGGGGCUGAAAUGUUGCAGAAUAAUUUUAGCCAUCCUACCUGUCUUUUUGCUAUCAGAAUCUACCUUUUUGCUCGACCCUGCUGCAGAACAAGGAACAGCCAACUCCACAGACUUCAGAUAUAGACUGAAGGCUGAUGGACACCAUCUGUGAGAAGACUCUUUAGCCCAGCGAUCGUGACACAUCUUGGCUGGUUCUUUCUGGUGGACUAUGCUUCUGUUUUGGAGCAGAGACUUCCACUGAGAUGAUUCUGCUGAUGGCCAUGACAGAUGUUUUCCUGCUUCUGGGCUGGGUGUGGCGAUCAGACAGCCUCUGCUCCCCCACCAUUUUUUACAAGAACUGCUGGAUCCGACAGUUUCCAGGCCUCACCCUUGAUCUGGAGCCCUCACAGAUGAGAGGGGCCCACGUCCUGAAGAUAUACUCCGCAGCCUCAGCUCAGCAGUGCAGUCAGACAUGCUGCCUUCUCAAGAAUGUUUCCUGUAAUUUGGCAGUUUUCUACUCUAAAACCAAUAAUCAGAGCCUUUCCUGCCUCCACGCUUAUUGUCCAGCACUGGAGAGCUGUAUACUGAAGCCAGGGACCAGUGUUGUAUUAUACAACAUUACACCAGGAAUUGAUCCUGAUCUUCUUGUAUUUGAGAAGCUGUCUUUUAAAGAGCCAAAUACCAGAUCUUUUAAUAAAUGGGAGAGGCAAAGCAGUGCAAGAGCUGCAGACUCAGAAAAAUGCCAGGAUGCAUCGAUGAGUUCCCAGUGCGUUCCAACCACGGCCUCUUCUUCUACAAUGGUCCAAGACCCCGUAGUCAGCAGCCGCAGCCAUACUCUUGAACAAAACAACUUGGUCCACAAGACUGCAUCCACCCCACAUUCUGGAUCUACAACUGCACUGCCUAAAAAGCAGUUCACUGAAGUGACAGAUGUUAUUUCAGAAACAAAGGGUUCAACAGCUAAUUCAGACAAUGCAUCUGUGCUUCUUGCUCCUACACUCACAACCAUUAAAAUGUUAUCCCAUAUGCCCAGCCCAGCCCAUCUGAAUAGCAGCAAACAACACUUGAAUGAAACCAAAGGCUACAGCGGAAGGAAUCACACUUCUGAUAACGAAGGCCAGCGACCAGCCUGGGAAGGAGUGGAAAGGAGUACUUGGUUGCUUCCCAUAGUGCUUUGCUCGUCUCUGGUUUUGAUUUGCUGUUGCAUUGUCCUCCUUGCAGCGGGAUGCUGCCGAAAGAGAAGGGGUCACUACAAACCCAGGCGCAGAGGAGUGUCAGGACCCAAACAGUUCAUAAGAUACACGAUGGUUAAUGACAGCCUUUAAGGGGAAAUAUUUCAAAUGCAAGGUAGAGGUGAACAGCUUGUAUUCCUGAUGGGUGGAUGGAAUGGAGCUGUUUUUAUUUUAAAAAAUUAAAACAAUUUUAGUCUGUUUUGAACUGUUUGUUUCAGAAUACUUUGUCAUGAAAUAAGAGACCCUCUAGUUUUCUAAUUGUGUUUUCAGUUUGCAAGUUUAAAAACCUCUUUUUCUAAUAAGACUGCCCUUGUCUAUUAGCAUGUAUUAUGCAAAAUUAGAUGAAGACACAGUAAUGGCUCUGCCAGAUCAAAGUCAAUGUGAAUUAUGAUUAACAGCCAUUUCAAGUAUUUAUUUAGCAUUCGGGGGGCACUGAAAAUCCUGUUUUUUCAGUUUCUUCAACAGUACCCUGCAAGAAAAACCAGCAGAAUUAUUUCAUAUAUAGGGUUAGGGUCUGCUGACAGAUUUGCCUCAGGGUGCGGUGUGAGUUCACAGCUGAGGCAAAGUCUGAACCAGGGAUUUUCAAGGCCUCAGCCACUUUAUCACACCACAUGAUCCACAAAAAUAUAUAGCAACAAAAAUCUCAACUAGUUAUGCGUAGCAUUCAGUGCAGGUUGUAUUAUCUAAGUUGUUCAAUUUUUUGGCAGUCCAAGAACAGUUUGCUCUCUUCCAUUUCUUCCCUGUUUCACCAAAUUUUCUAUAGCUCACUCCCACUGAAGAACUCUGCC